AUGUUGGACGUAUGUGUUAUGUUUUGGGCAAUAUGUGCAGUGAACAAGCCGCUAUUAUUUCCGAAUGAAAUGAACAAUUGGAUACCGGAUUGGUACAACCACGCCGUGCACACUAAUCCGAUUGUGUUAACGCUGUUCGAUAUGGCCACCACCAAGCAUCGUCUGCCCAAACUAAUCGAAUCUACGGCUAUGCUGUUCGUGCUGUCUGGCUCUUACGUCACAUGUUUACUUUAUAAUAAAUUUACAACUGGAAGAUGGGUGUAUCUUAUCAUUGGAGAAGUUACAACGAGUUUGACGGAAGUGAUAAUUUACUUUGCAGUAACAGCGUUUAUCAUACCAUUUAUGUGUUUGCUGAUUGGUUACAAAAUGUGUUCAUGGUUUUCAACAGAUCCACAAAUGAAGGAAAACAUAAAACAUAAAAUGUCUUAAAAACAAAUGAAAAAUGUACACAUAAAGUAUUGAUGUAAUAAAUUUAUUAAUAGUCAAACUUUUAUAACUUAGUAUUACAUGUGCAACAACGUUUACCAAAAUAAAUAUUAUUCUUGACUUUAUUAAUUAAAAACAAGAAUCUAAUAAUAACAAAUUAUAGACUAUAAUUAAAGUCAUGCAACUUAAUUURAAGUAUAUUUUUUAAUUUUAAUUUUUUCAAGUUAAAUUAUGUGAACUUGUUUAAGAUUAAUCACUACAAAGCUAGUUUUGGUGAUGCAAAAAUGUUUUAUAUUUUAUAAUUGGUAAGCCAAACGGUGUGUGCUGAUGUAAAGUGAUAUUAUUUUUAUURUUAURAAUAGUUACCUAAAUUAAAAUAUGAAUUAUUAGUUAUUGUUGAAUUAAAACUGCUUGAUCAUCUUCUUGAGUUUUGUUUAUCUAAUAAAAAAAUUACAUUAUAAUUAUCUCUUAAGUGAAAAAAAUUAAAAUAUAUAAUUGAAUGUUAUGA